CGCCGCGGCACAGCGGCGGGCCCCCACCGCCGCGGAGGGCGCCGCGGAGGGCCCCGGCCGCGAGGGCGAGGAGGCCAGGCGGGAUCGCCGUCGCCAGGAGCUCGCCGAGGCCCUCGGCGUGGGCCGGCGGCAGGACGAGGCCCGCUCGCGGCUGUCGCGCGCAGAGGAUGCCUCGGCCCUGCGCGCGGCGCUGGUCGAGGCGGCGGCCGCGUGCGUACCCGCGCACGAGCUCGAGGGCGCGCGCUCGAGGUGUGCGGCGCUGGAGCUGCAGGCCGCCGUGCAGGGGCGCAGCGUAGAGGGCGUGCAGGAGGCGCUCCUGGAGUGCAGGAGACUGGGGGCGCCGCCAGAGGUCCUGGGCGAGGCCGUGACGGUGUUGCGGGAGGAGGCCCGCAGGGCGGAGGCGGAGGGCCGGCUCGACGGGCUGGUGGCGCGCUGCGACCGGAGCUUCCGGGCCCGCAGGUGCGCCUGGAGAGGCGGCCGCGAGCAGGUCCGAGAGGCCCCGUUGGAGGUCCGUGCCGCCUUGCGGGAGGCGCGGGCCGCCGGCGCGGCGCCCGCGUCGCUGUCCGCCGCGGAGGCGUGGCUACUCGGCGAGGAGACGCGGCACCGGGAGGCCGUCCGCGGGAGGUUGCAGGCGGUGAUGCGGUCGCCCAGCCUCGUGCCGGUGGAGCAGGCGCUGGCAGAGGGCCGCGAGGCGGGUUUGCCGAAGGAGGACCUGGGCCCCCUCGAGACGUGGCUGGCCGAGAGGAGCGCCGAGGCGGCCUCCGCGGCGAGCGCGUCCGCGGCGCGCGCCGACCUGGAGAGCGCGGUGCGCUCCCGCGCCGUGGCGGACCUCAGCGCCGCCAUCGAGCGUGCGGAAGCCGCCGGCCUCGAGGCCGGGGAGAUUGAGCACGCAGAGUCCAUCCUGAUGGCGGAGAUGAAGAAGCAGGCCUGUCAAGCGGUCUUGCCUCUGGCGGUCCAGAACCGCGGCAUCAUGGACCUCCGCGCGGCCAUCCGCGACGCCAGCCCUACAGUGGUCAGGGCCAGCCUGUUCGAGGAGACUGAGCAGGACUCGGCCAACGGCCCAAGCACCGGCGCCCCCGAGGCCGCCGCGGCCGCGGCAGCAGUGGCUUGCAGCAGGAGCACGCGCCUCGCCUCGCAGGGGCUGCCGCCCUCCGAUCUCGUGCCCCGGCGUCCGCGUUACCCCGAGGACAGCGCCUAG